GCCGACAAAUCCACAUUUGUUAAAGAAAAUAAUAACUGGGACACUGAAACUUCCAACAAUAGUUGGAAUGUUGAAAAUAACUGGACAUCAGAGACCUCCAAAGAUAAUCGGGGGACUGAUUCUCUCAAAAAUGGUAAAACAAUUAGGGAUGUGCAGAGAUCUCCUAAUCCUGGAGUACCUAGAUCUGUUGUGACUGCAAGAUCACCAGUUCCCAAUAUAUCACGGACGAUUCCUUCGCAGCCAAAGGCAUCUUGGGCUCAAAUUCCAAAACCUGAACCCGUCUCACCUCCUAUACAUAAAAGCUCACCUGAGAACAUAAAAGUUGUAUCUCCAAAAAUAACGAAAUCACCGAUUCCUGUACAGUCUUCACCACCACCUAAAAUACCUGAACCUAUCAGCUUACCUUCUCCACCAGAAGAAAUGGCAGCAGCACCUGUAGUCGCAGUCGUCAAAUCAGAAGAGAUCAAGGGGUCAUCCAAAGAAAUUACAUCUCCAGAACAACCAGCAGUUACUCCUACUACAUCUUCACCAGUUGUAAAUGUUUCACCACAUUCAAAGGAAAUUUCACCACCCGGUAUCAUUAAUAAAACUAAGCAAGCCCCCCUUCGUAGGUUGAAGCAAGAUGCAGCUGUCGUAAUGCCAAGUGCUGGGGCUGGUUUAGAAAGGGUUGGCGUGCAAUUUGGAAGUUUGAACAUAUCAAAUUCCAGUGAAGAGAACGCGGAGACGGAGGCACCUACUCAAAGAACUGAAGAACGAUCACCUGUAGCAGUUCAGCCAUCAUCCGUUUCUUCACUGUCUCAAACGAGUUCCAUAAAUCGAUCAAUUCCAACCACAUCAGUACAAAAUACUUUGCCGUCGUCCGCCGGCAACGUUCCGUCUGCUACACCUGUGAAUGCUGCUGCUCCGACACCUACACCCCAAAAUUUCAAUCCAUCGUACUUUAAGCAGGAGCAAACAUCCGCUUAUCUAAAUCAACAGCAUCAUUUAGGGUUGGCUACGGAACCAUUAAAUGCUCCUUACGGUUCUUAUCUGCCGAGUCAGCAACUGUCAGGAUUUAGUAUGGGUCCAAUUCAAUCGUUACCAGAAUAUGGUGCACUGUAUCCUGAUGCCCAGCGCAUGAUGGGUUACUAUACUGCUGACCCUGCGUAUAACCAAGCAUCCCCUGUUACUUCUGCUGGAUAUCAGGGACGAGGAGAUAAUAAGUACACUCCUGACACAACUACUAGUGCAUCACCUUAUGGUUAUCCUACAACACCUACCACGCCUAAUAAUCCACAUCACUAUUCACACACCUCAAAUACUGGCUACGACGAGAUUACAGCAGCACAAAUACAUCAUUUACCUGGUGUUCAUGGCGUUCAUGAUUAUCCAAAGGCCUAUGGUGGUAUUCCACCUCUUAAUUUUUUGGGCAACGCGGCAGGUAAUAAUCCGCAACCCACAUCAGGAUCCGCGGGAUCAAACUCUACCGGCGGAAAAACUAGCAACAAUGGUAGUUCGGAAUUGAAUAGUCCAGCACAGUAUAAGGGAUAUGCCGACAAAGCUUCAGCCGGCUCACAACAAGCUGGAGUUGGGCAAUCUGGAGCUCAACAACAGCAGCAGCCUAAUCCUAAUUACUAUGGGCAACAAGCUCAACAAAUGUUUAAUAAUUACCAAUAUCAGCAGACACAUCACCAGUACCACCCACAUCAAGCACAUCACCAAGCAGCUGGACGUAACCAGCAACAAUAUUGGAAUCAGAGCUAA